AUCAUUAUAUGUAUUUUAUAUUAAGUUAUAAACAAAUACAACAACAACACGAAAAAAAAAAUCUAUAAAGACACAAAUCAAAUUAAAGUCACUUUUGUUUAAAAAAAAAACUGAACUUUUAUAAUUGAGUGAGUGUGAUUUCUCCUCAACUCGUCAUUUUUGCUGCUUCAAGUGACUUGAUAAAAAAAUAAAUGGUAUAGGAAGAAAAAAAGUUCAAUUAUGGCAACUCUUCUUUACACAAUUUUCGGCAUAACUGCCGGCGCCUCCUUGCAUUGCGCUCAACGACGCGAAAUAUCGCCGUGCACUUGUGCCCCGCACGAAACUUACGCGAACACGAUUCAAGUUACCUGCGAACGGAUGGACAAUUUCACGACUGUAGUUGAUGCCCUGCAAAAUCGCCUUCCAACGAACUUCAAUAUUUGGCUGAAAAUCACGCAUUCGAAUUUAUGGGACCUGGAUAACGCGACUUUUGCCGAGAUGAAUAUGAACAUAAAGAAUCUGAAGCUGAAUCAUAACAAUUUGACAUCGCUACCUGUUAGUACGUUCAUCGCAUUGGGUCGCACGGAGUUCCUCAGUUUGUCGGAUAAUGAUUUCCACGAAGUGCCGCGUGACGUUUUUCGACACAUGCCGAAUAUCGGGACGCUCGAUAUCGCUCGUGGGAGGAUUAAACACAUCAAUCGCGAUGAUUUCAAGGCAUUACCGAACCUGGGAACGUUAAUUUUGGCAACAAAUCAAAUCGAAUCGAUCGACAAUGGGUCAUUUCCGAACAAAAUUUUCAACUUACAUCUGGGUCACAAUAAAAUCCCGUCGCUUAAUGGCACCGUAAGGAACAUGAAUGACCUCCGAACACUUUUUAUCAACGUCAAUGAGUUGACAUCGUUGGAAGACGAGUUACCGGAAUCGUCGAAUUUGCUGAUGAUUCUUGCAAAUCGCAACAAAAUUCGUCAUUUUCCGAAGAGUUUCAAGAAUUUGCCGGCACUUGAUACGCUGUUCUUCGACAAAAAUGAACUUGUGUCGCUGGAUGGCUUGUUGAAACACGCGAAAAAGUUGCAACGCUUGUAUGUGUCGGAAAAUAAAAUUGAUUAUUUGGCUGAAGAUGAAUUUUUGGAGGCACGCAACAUCGACGAACUGCAAAUGUCGCACAAUUUACUCGUUUCGUUGAACAAUUCGCUCAUCAAUAUCCGCAAUUUACGAGUUGCUAACUUCAGUUUCAACCAAUUGACGACAUUUUCGCUGAAAGAGAUUCAAGGUUUGCGAAAAUUGAGGAAUUUGGACUUGUCGCAUAACAAAAUUGUGCUUUUGAAGAAUACUUUGGAGAAUGUCGUCGAUAAUGAGAUCGUGUCAAGUAGCUUACUUUUUGAAUUACGGUUGGAUCACAACUUGUUGAAGAGUUUGGAUAAGGCUUUGGUUGGUUUGAACAACUUGCGACAUCUGAAUUUGGCUCAUAAUCGUUUGACAUCUCUUACUGCGGAUGAUUUCAGUAAAAUGGAAGAGCUGGAGACGCUGGAUUUGUCCCAUAAUCAACUUGAAACGUUGGCUGGAAUGUCAGAAGCCUUUUUACCAUCCCUUGAGACCCUGAAUGCCUCAUUCAAUCAACUUACCUACAUGGAAAAGGACUUUUAUGGCUUGCCUGUGCUUUGUACUGCUGAUUUGUCGAACAAUAUCAUCAGUCACAUCUCAAUUAAUCUCGUUGCGAAUACCCGUUGCAGUAAUCAUGGUGUCCCGAAUAAGUUGAAGAUUUAUUUGCAAGAAAAUCCCGUUUUGUGUGCAGAUAAUCUCCCUGAACUUGUUGGCGCGAUGGAAAUGCGUUUCGCUCGUUUAAUCGGCGUCGCUCAUUGUAUCGUUCCUCAACAAAUUGUCGAUCCUUCGCUUCACAUGCAACCUCCAUUGACACUUCAAAAGAUGAUGAAACCUCAACCUCUCGGAGUUUCGCCAAUUUUACAGCCAAUGGAGCCUCCUCCAUCGAUUGUUCAAAUAAUUGUUCCUGCAGCUCUCAUUCAAGAAACAGCUCAAACGACAAAUGUAACUGACGAGAAGCCUCUCGAAAGUGUUUCGAAUGACACGGAAACAGCUUCUCUUCCUGAAGUUCAUGCUCAUGAGGAACAUCCGCACGAAGAAAUCAUCUCGAAAGAGGAAAACGACACGAUUCACGAGGCAGAAAACACUCCUGAUGAAGAAAACGUCUCGGAAGAAGUCGAAGAAAAGGAAAUUUCAGCUCCGAGUCUUCCAAAAGCAACGAUACAAGAUAUUCCCGCAGAGAAAUCCGUUGACGAUGCCAUCAUCGAGUCCGAAGAUUCGCCCGAAAUUGACCCGAUUCAGGAGUUUAACAAGAUUCGAACAGCUCCCGAUGGGUAUCCGUCGUUGCCGGAAAUUUUGCAUGAAGUUUUGCCGCAACCGCAGAGAACGCACGCGAGUUUGGGCGGCGAUGACGAGGGAAUUGUCGGAGAAGAAAUGGCGGAGCUGCGUGAAGAAUCGCCGUCAGACAUUCAGAAAGAUGCUGCUGCUACUGCAGAUCAUCAAGAGACGCAGGCAGUGCAUGAUAACGACGACGACUUACUGCAGAAGGAACUCGUUGAUAUAGCUGAUGAUACGCCGCCGUCUUAAAAAAAUAUUCUUUGAAUUAAGAUUUUUUUUGUCGUUUUUGUAUUUAAAUUAAUGUCUGUUCGCUCUACUUUCUACCUACUUACCAGUCAUGUCAUCACAAAUUCAUCGCUAGAUUUAGGAAUUUCUUCGUAAGCUUAAAAUAAUUCAUUUUUUUCGACUUUUUUCCAUCAAAUAAGGUUGCCUUAAAUUUAUUUUAAAUUUUUUG